AUGUACAGGACAAAUAAGGACGUUAUAGCAAAUAAAAUUUCAGAACUCAAAAUUCAAAACAAUGAUUUUCGUAGAGGAAUUGAGGAACAAGAAUCUGAUAUCCAUAAUGCUGAAGUAUUUUAUCAACGAGAAUACAAAAGAUUGUUAGAACUUAAAUUAAAUAAUGAAUUAAUGAAAAAUGAAAUUGAAAGUUAUCGUAGCAUAAACACUUAUAUGUUAAAGCAUAAUGAGUGUAUUACAAAUGAAAUAGAAAAUGAAACACGUUCCAUCAAUCAUUCUAUUAAUGAAGGUCUCCUUCAAUCAUCUACCUCAAAAUUUCCUUUAUUAAAUGAUGAUCUAGAGGAAUCCAAAGGACAACUUAACAUUACUGUUGACAAAUUAAAAUUUUUAAUUGAUGAUUCCUCAAAGGAUAAGUAUAUAAAAAUACAAGAGAAGUUACUUGCUGAUUUACGAGUUGAACAGAUGGCCUAUGAAGAGAUGGCUAAAAAAUUAGAAAAUGCAAAAGAAAGAAUUUUCUCUAGAAAUCCUACAGGUAUCUCAGAAAAUACUUGGAACACAUUAAUUGAUGAAAUCAAACAAUCUAUUUUUGUAAAAUGGUAUGAAUUUAGUGAGGCAAAUAUCACUGCAAGAAAAGUUAAUUAG